AAUUGAAGUUCACCUGACUGUUGGCGCCAAACAGGUGAUGACUGGUGUUCUGAAUAAUGUGUCUCACGUUGGCAACGGGACUUCUAAUGCUUCUAUCAAAGCAGAAGUAGAGGACGACAUCCCUUUAUCUGAAAAGUUAAAGCGAAGUAGGAUGCAUUCGUCCUCUAGCGAUGACGAUGAUAUUCCUCUGUCUGCCAAAUUAGCCCAGAUGUCCAAGAAGCCAAAAUUGGAACCUCCAGUUUCUCCACAGCCUCGUAAUAAAAGCCAAGGUGACCAAAGAAAAGAACAUUCAAAGUCUUCAAAUGAAAAGAUUAAAAAAGAAAAUACACUUAGUUCUCCUAGCAAAGUUAGAAAGCAUGAAAAACCUGAAGAGGAAGUUUGGAGGUGGUGGGAAGAGCAGAAGAAAGAUGACGGUGUCAAGUGGAAAUUCUUAGAACAUAAAGGUCCACUCUUCGCACCUCCUUAUGAACGCUUGCCUAGCUCUGUUCAUUUUCACUAUGAUUCCAAACCUAUCAAGUUAUCAGAUCAUGCAGAAGAAGUUGCAGGGUUUUACGCACGUAUGUUGGAUCAUGAUUAUACCACAAAGGAAGUGUUCAACCACAACUUCUUCCGUGACUGGGUGAAAACAAUGAAUGAAGAAGAACGUCGAACCAUUAAAUCCCUCAGCAAAUGCGAUUUCCGCGAAAUGCAUCAAUAUUUUCUAAAGUUAAGUGAAGAAAGAAAAAACCGAACUAAGGAGGAAAAACAGAAGAUAAAGGAAGAAAACCUGCAAAUUCAAAAUGAAUAUGGCUACUGCAUAUUGGACGGACACAAGCAAAGAAUCGGGAAUUUCCGUAUUGAACCUCCAGGCCUAUUUCGAGGCCGUGGCAACCAUCCUAAAAUGGGCAUGUUAAAAAAGCGCAUUAUGCCUGAAGAUGUCAUCAUUAACUGCUCAAAAGACUCAAAAGUUCCUGCUCCUCCAAAAGGUCACAAGUGGAAAGAAGUAAGACAUGACAACAGUGUUACUUGGCUGGCCUGCUGGACUGAAAAUAUCCAAAAUAGCUUCAAAUACAUAAUGCUGAAUCCAUCCUCUCGUCUUAAGGGUGAAAAAGAUUGGAAAAAGUACGAAACUGCUCGUUGCCUACACAAGGUAAUCGACAAAAUUAGAGCAGACUACCGAGCUGAUUUCAAACACAAAGAAAUGCGGAUACGUCAGCGAGCUGUUGCACUAUAUUUUAUCGAUAAGUUGGCUCUUCGUGCUGGGAAUGAAAAGGACGAGGAUGAAGCUGAUACUGUUGGUUGCUGUUCACUUCGCUACGAACACAUCAAACUCCAUGAAGAGUUGAACGGACAACCUUAUGUUGUUGAAUUCGAUUUUUUAGGUAAAGAUUCUAUUCGCUAUCAAAAUGCUGUAUCCGUUCCUAAACGCGUCUUCAAGAAUGUCAAACUAUUUCUGAAGAACAAAAAAGAAAAUGAUGAUUUAUUUGAUCGACUUAAUACGACUGUCCUGAAUCAGUAUUUACGAGAACUUAUGGAUGGUUUAACUGCCAAAGUAUUUCGUACGUACAAUGCAAGUCGAACUCUGGAAGAGCAGUUGGAACGGCUUACCAAUCCUGAUGAUCCUCCUCAUGCUAAACUUUUGGCAUAUAAUCGAGCAAAUCGAGCAGUUGCUGUUCUCUGUAACCAUCAGCGUUCAGUUCCGAAAUCUUUUGCAAAAUCAAUGGAAAAUUUACAGAAAAAAGUUCAAAUACCGUACAAUUCCUCAUCUUAUAUUGCAGAUCGAUGCAAAACGUGAGCAAAUUUCGGAAAUAACUUCUGAAGCUAAACAAAUAAAAGCAGAUUACAAAAAUCACAAACAAGCAUCCAAGAAGGUCGCUUAUGAAAAGCUGAAGAAACGCUUAGCAUCUGCUAAAGAGGCUUUAUCAAAAUUGCAGCUUCAAGCAACUGAUCGAGAUGAAAAUAAAGAGAUCGCUCUCAGUACAAGUAAACUGAACUACCUCGAUCCUCGGAUUUCAGUUGCUUGGUAAGAUGUGUUGUAUUGGUCUAGCAGAAUAUCAUUCAUUCAAAAGAUUAUAUUCCUUAUGGCUAUAUGUAUAUAUAAGCCUCUUCACAAUUUUCAGCUUCGUUUGACGUCUGGAAAAGGACGCUAGUAGUCAUUCAAAGCACCCACCAGGAAAUUGAUUUUGGUGAAUCGUUCGCAAAUUCACCACAUUAAUGCUCAAAUUAAAGCUCAAGUUUUCAUUUGCGUUUAUCAUAUUUUUAAAUGUUUGCUUAGGGUCAUUAACUAGUUUCUCUGUGUGAGAUGUUCCUCCAGAAUUUCGACACCAUGUAGAGUAUUUAGUAGAAAUAUUGACAUUUCUGAACAGACUUCUCAUCCUACUUCAAUUCAACACAUUCAACAUUCAUUUCAGACUUUACCUAUUAAACAAUAACAAAGAAAUAAGUACACGAGCUUAAAACAUUCCAUAUAAUUUAGAUAUCUAGUGGAUUUCAUUUAUGGAAUAGGUUGGAGAAUGUCAAACAAGUUUUCUGUAUUCUCGUUAACAGUGGAUUCUAGAAAACAGUGUAAAACAGUAGAUCUUAAACUCAGAACUAUUUAAUUCUUAUCUAUGUAUUUUCACUUUAGACUUCUUAUCAUAUCUACUCAUGUGGCGAGUUGAUACUUUCGUGGCACUAUAUUUCUCAGAUACGAUGGCAUCAGCUAUUGUUAUAGGUUCAUCAGAAAACACAAUUAACUAAUAAUUUCGUCAUGAUAUAUGUAAAAAUGUCCAGCACUGAACAGCCUAAGGUCGAAAUUCUUUCACACGUUUGUUCUCUCAUGGUCAAUAAGAACAUCAUUAAUACAACUUGUUCGGCCUACCAUUUGAAAAAAAUAAGCGAUCAUAUAAUCAUAGGUGAAUAAUUUCUAAAUUCCAGGCUUGUUCUACAAGCGGUAGAUGUUUAUUUUUCUGAAUAUAAAGUUAGACCAUUAUUGCUAUAGCCUGUUUAUACAAAUAUCACCUUAACUGUAGACCAUAAAGGAAAUACAUUGUGUUAUAUUAUUACAACCAAUUAUCCCAAUUUCAAUUUUCUCGGUUCCAAUCAGCUCCACAUGUGUUGAUCUUUGUUUUUGCUAGUUAUCUAUUUUCAAGUCUCAAUUAUUUUGUAUUCCUUUUAAAAAGGUGUAAAAAGUAUAACGUUCCUAUUGAGAAAAUUUUUAACAGAACUCAAAGAGAAAAAUUCCAAUGGGCAAUAGAUAUGGCUACAUGUGACUACAAGUUUUUAGACGUUGAUUCAGAUAGAAGUACAAAUAAACUCAAAGCUGAGGAAAGUGAUGAUGAAGAUAUGAUUGACGAUGAAGACUAAGCUAAAAAAGAAAAUACUUACAUACAAUGUUUUCAACAUUAGUCUAUUUCAUAAUCUUAAUUGUAUGAUUAUGUUAAAGUUGUUAACUAGUUCUACUCUAAUAUGAGUAAUUCUCCUUACGUGUAUUUUUGUCAGGUCACAAAACUCCAAUGUAAUUUUAUCCUGAAGCGUUUACGGCACAUUUUUGUCCUCUUAUGUUUUUUAUACUAAAUUGUCUCUUCUAAACUCUCAUCAAGUAUACUGGAAACCUUUUCAACAAAUCCAGACGAUUUCACUUUCUUGAUAACCAUGUAGGAAUUUUGCAAUGUUAUACUUAGUAUAUUAUGAUGUUAUAGUGGCAACAUAUACCACUAAUUAAUAAUAAAUAUUCGCAGCAAUAACUAUCUUUCGCCAUUCUUUGUGAAUGAAUAUAAUGUAUUUUCACGAAAAAUGAGUUUAUCAUGCCUUCAAAUCUUUGAAUGAAAUACAUUUUAUGACUCUGAAGGUAAUUGUUUCACUUCAGGAUUUCUAUUACUUUCCCGUUUUUCUUGUAUUAGCUUUAUCAUGCAUUCACUUAUUGUAUGGGAUCUAUGUACGUAUAAUUUAGUGUGAAGCCACAUUAUCUUUACUCGAUCAUUUGUGUUUUUAUGUAUUUAUUUAUUACUGAUUUUUCAUGAUAGUUCAUUUACGGAAACCUUGGUGUUAUUACAGUAAUGAAUUUUGUUGUAUUCAUUUUGAAUAUACUGUUCAUGUGAUAACCUGU